AUGGACCGGGACUGGGUUCGACGCGACCGUGAUUUCGACCAUCGAGACAAUCGGAUUGGGUUUGGCCGAGGCCGCUCAAGAUCACCGACACGCGACUUCCGAGAUAUAAGGGAGCCCCCAGGCCGCGAUUUUGAUCUGGUUCGGAUGCGACGCAACUCGAGGGAUAGUAUUAUAUCCGCAUCUUCGGGAGGCCCAGAAGGCCCCCCUCCUAAUGGUGGCCAUAUACACCGUGGAGGCAUGCGAGGGCGCGGUCGCGGAGAUUGGGAAGGAGGCCGCGGUCGUGGUCGUCCACCCUUCCUCGAUGAUCGUGAUCUUUUCCGUCGCCGCAGUCGAUCCCGCGAACCGUGGCGUGGACGUGAUCGGAUGGUGGAUCGCGAUAGAGAUCGAGACACGGACCGGGAUCGUGUAUUAGAUCGCGAUCGCAUGAUGGACCGAGAUCGUGACCGAGACCUUCCACGUCCGAGAGAUCGAGAUCGAGAAUUGGAUCGCGACUUGGACCGUCGAGAUCGCUUUGACCGUCGCGAAGAUUGGGACAACCGACGACCCGAUCGCGAGGACCUCGUGCAGAUAGCCGCGCAGCCAGCGGUUCAACCACGUCCUCACAUCCUCCUACAGCUCCCGGCCCUGGACCUGCACCCGCCCCAGCAGAUCGCCUGUCUGACCAUCCCCAAGUGGAUCAUGGUCGAAAGCCUUCGACCAUCCCCAGCACUACGGCUCUGGAACCUAUGCGAGACUCCGAGCGAAAUGACCCUGUCGCUGUUCGAAGUAGUGCUGUUCGAAGUAGCGUUGUUCGACCUGAUACUGUUCGACCUGAUGCUACUCGACCUGAUGCUACUCGACCUGAUGCUACUCGACCUGAUGCUACUCGACUUGAUGCUGUUCGACCUGAUGCUGUUCGACCUGAUGCUAUUCGACCUGAUGCUCGACUGGAUUCUCCUCGGCUGGAUGCCGUUCGCCAUAGUGCUCCUCGACCGGAUGCUGUUCGAUCUGAUGCUCGACUGGAUUCUCCACGGCUGGAUGCCGUUCGCCAUAGUGCUCCUCGACCUGAUGCUCCUCGACCUGAUGCUGUUCGAUCUGAUGCUACUCGACCUGAAGCUUGCUCCUCGCCCGGAUGCUGUUCGAUCUGAUGCUCGACUGGAUUCUCCACGGCUGGAUGCCGUUCGCCAUAGUGCUCCUCGACUGGAUGCUGCUCGACCUGAUGCUAGACCGGAUGCUCCCCGACUGCACGCCGUCCACCCUAAUGCUAUGAAGAGUCCCGGACCUACUAUUCGGAACUCACCACCUCCAGCCGCCCCCCAGGUACCUGCCUUUGGCUCGGUGACUACCCCCAUCACGAAUGCCUCCGCAAAUAAAGAUUCUUCAGACCAACGCACGGAGCAAAAUUCUACUUUCCCCACAGAGCGAGACCACUAUGAAGUCUCGCAACGCCAGCCAGCAGCCCAACCUCCUACAGGACCCAAGGCAGAAAGGACAGAGAUCAUACAGCCUCUUGAGCCUCGCAGCCGCGUUGAAGGACCUCGGGAGGCUGGAAAACUGCAAGUUGCGCCUCCUCGUCUCUCUAAACCGUCUAUCAAUUUCCCUGAUGUAUCACCACCCACUGCUCCAGCUGCAAUGACUCGACCAGACUCUGGGGUAGGGCCGAACGAAGGAUUUGGGACAGGGAGGUCGAAUUCACUCACCUCUUCCCCCACUUUCGCACGAAUUCCACCGCCUGCCCCACGCGCAUUAUCCCGUGAGCCCUCGGUGUCGCCUCGGAUGAAAUCGUCUAACAUUCCAACUGGCCCUCGAGCAUUGCAAUGGAAGGCUCCCUCCCCGCGUGGCCGUAAAGGCAGUAAGCAAUGGGUGCGACCUGGCUACGGCCGCACACCUUCUCUUCCUAAUGCACCGCCGAAACAAGAGGCCAUUGAUGAGAGCGAAGGCGUUUCCCCUGCCAAUGAGCCCACACGCUCUCUAUUAACAUCUGAGAUAGACGAGCCUGAGAGUGGCGAAAUCCCCCCCAUGAACCUCUUAUCGGCCGUCGACAUUAAAACAAGCGAUGUCAAUGAGCCCUCUGAGCAGGGCGGCAUUGAUAAACCUGCCUUGAUUCCAGACUUCGAGGGUUCAAGUGACGAGGAAGAUGGGGAGAAUAUUGUUUUCACCCAGGAGUAUCUUGAUGAAAGAAAGCGGAUCUUCGAAAAGGAUAUGGAAUCACUCCGAGCAGAAUUGCCUCCAUCACCGUUGGAAGAUUCGGCUAUCGUCGCUCCUUUGAUUAAAAUCCAACUACUUGGCAUGCUAGCCAACGAACAGACGGUUGAUCAUCCCCCCGAACCGCUCGCCGACCAAGUGUUAGAUCGACCAGUGGAUCCUUUGCCUUCAGUAGAGGAUGAAGUGUUAGCCAAUCAUCCAAGCACCGAACGAGUGGUCUCUUUUGCUUCUACACUCCCAGAGCGCGAACCAGAGCCAAUUGUGGAAACUAUCAUUCCCCCCGUCAUACCUCCUGACGAGGUUACUGUUGAAAGUCUUCCAUUCUUGCGCUCAGGUCCGCCAACGCCUAUCUCAGAUAUGGAUGUAUACCAUGAGAACAUUGCAACCCAAAAUCAUCUCAGAGACACGUUCAGCACAGAACUUUCAAAGGUCCAAGCGGAAGCUUUCAGGAAAAACGCACUCCUUAGGGAUGAGUAUGUGUCUCACUACAAGCUCUGGCGAAUGGCUAUUUGGGAGCUCGAUCGUAUGAAGGACAAAAAGUCCGUGACCCCUGGUCCAGCUUCUCUCCCAGUGUCCACGGCUCCAACUACCCCGGCGCCUAUGCCAGAAGGUCGCGAAGGUCGCGAAGGUCGUCGAUACAAAGGAAAUAGCGAGCUCGAUUUUCUCAAUGCUUUGAAGGCCUCUGAAAUCUCCGCUCAAGAAGAGAUUGAACGUCGACGAAUCAAGAUGGCUACUGCUCGGCCUGAUUUGGACCGUGAAGCAAUUAUUCCCAAUAUGCUCGAACCGCGGGAGGUAAAGGCUCGCAUCUACAAAGAUGUGAACAACACCAUUGAGUGUAAUAGGGCUCUGGAUGUCUUCGGCUUUGUGCCGCCCCCUAAUGACUUCACCCCAGAGGAGCAUAUCAUCUUCACAGACGCCUUCAUGGCCCAUCCAAAACGGUGGGGCAAGAUUGCCGAAUCUCUGCCUGGUCGAAAUUUCCAGCAGUGUAUCGUACACUAUUACCUCACCAAGGAGGAGAUUAAGUACAAAGCCAAGCUCAACCAGCGCUGGAGUAAGCGGGGCAAGGGGCCUCGAAAGGGUCCACGACCGAAGUCCAACGCCCUCAUCGCAGACUUGGGUGUGGUGAAACCUGACUUCGUUGGCGAGGAGGAGCCGCCGGCUGUCACAGACACCGGUCGUCCACGACGUGCAGCCGCGCCCACUUUCGGGGAUUCCGCCGAGGCAGAGAGCGCGCCAAUUGGCCGUCGGGGCCAGCUUAGCAAGGACAGUGAGCCAGUGGAAAGAUCGUCGGCUCGGCGUGGUGGACGGGGCGGAGGUACUCGCGGUGGACGGCGCGUGAAGACCACUGCUCAACCGGACCCGAAGGCCCAGGUGGCAAUGCCACAGGGUGAUCUGCCCCCGAUUGUACCGGCAGCACCACUUCAUCCUGGAAGCGAGAUGGAAUUAGUCCCAGAUCAUAUCUUGGAAGGGUACGAGGCCAGGGAACGAGAGCGUUCCGAAAAAGAAUCCUUAACGCCAAUGCCACGGGGCAGGGUGGGACGCGGGCGAGCGAAAGAAGGAGUUUAUGUCUUUGAGUCUACUGAAGUUGAACCGCCUAUGGCAGCUAAACAGCUUGAGACGGGGUAUGGCUCCUUGCAACCAACGAGUUACUGGUCUGUACCGGAGCAGCGCGAUUUCCCAGCCUUGCUGGGUCAUUUUGGUCGUGAUUUCGAGGGUAUCUCGGCCUGGAUGAAGACCAAGACAACGGUGAUGGUCAAAAACUUCUAUCAACGCCGCCUCGAUUCGGGUCAGAAAGACUUUGAGUUGAUUGCAACGGACGCAGAGGAGAAAAAGGCUCGCGGUGAAACCACAGGACCGCUUCCUGUUCCAAGUGUUGCGCCAAAGCGACGAUACGAGGCAACUCCGUCUUCUAUUAUUCCUCGUCCACUGGCUCCUCAUGGGGACCCUAUGACCGAGAUUGAUGAAAUACGAUUCCCUAAAGGCAAGCCUGUUGGUCUCUCCCCGCAGCCUAUGUCCCUGCAUGGACGACCUCCGUCCGACAAGGACCGGAACAUCGGUCGCUACCAGCCACUCGCACAAGCUUCCGCUGCUUCACCAGUGCCCUCUACCGCAACUCUAAUUGAAGAGUCGACUCGCGCGAUUCGCGCGCAGGGGGGACCAUCCCACCGCAUCCAAGGGGGCCCACGCCUUGGAACUACCGAUUUCGUCGCGCCAUCCUGGCUCCAUGCCACCGGAUAUGACACGAAUGGAACCUUUGUCUGCACAGGCCUACAUCCCCACACAGCAGCCAACUUCUCUCCUUUCAUCGACCCACUCACGCCACCCCAGCUUAACACACAGCCCCUGGCUCGCCAACCCAGCAGCUCAGACCGGAACUCGACAUCUCGCCAACCCAUGGGUCUAGCCCAAUCGCCUCGCCCUGGGUUGUCACCAGUGAAGGAUGUCCCUCGCCCGAGUGCUACUCCCGCCCCAGACGCAACUCGUCAGGUGCCUGCCAAACGGUCUAACAUUAUGAGCAUCCUCAAUGAUGAACCUGAAGAGCCUCAGCCGCGCAAAAGAUUUGCCGGCGAGCAGGCUCCAUCUGCCACUGGCGCAGCCCCAGGCAUAAAUCCAAGGCCCAUAUACCAGGCUAGCGGACCCCCUCGCCAUGAAGACACUCUUAUGCCAGGUAUGCCGCAAAAGCCUUCUAGUUACGCGCAGCAAACCCAAUAUCAGCCAUCGUCUCGCUACUCGGAGUAUCCUGGCUAUGGCCCCCCUCAUGGUGGCUCGGGCACGUCAGCCAAUAAUGACUGGAUGGCACGGUUUGAUCCACGGGCGCAACAAACUCCACCGCAGCCUCAAGCCCAAUCCCUGCCACCACAGCAGCAGCAGCAGCAGCAGCAACGCGGCCGUCAGGGUUCUUAUUCAUCUUACGCGGCAACCCCGAGCCAAUCUUCCUUGACAAAUCUUUCCGCGCCAUCCCCAGCGCCGACUCCCCCGCCAACAAACGCCUCUCAACGAUCGGCUUACCCCAACGUUUUCUCUCAAGUCUCUGCUCAACCACACAUGGCCUCUGGCUCCCGAGAUAUGACCUCGCAACCGACUUCCUAUCGACAAGUAUCACCUGGCCCGCGUUCUAGUAUGGCAUAUGGAUCGCGACAAGACCCACCAACGCCAGCGCAGUCUUCGGCUAGCCUGUAUGGUAUGCAUCCGCGUCAGUCCGCAACGCCGAAUCCAGUCCAACAACACAGCUAUCAACAACAUGUGCAAACCAUGGUCAGUGGGUCACAUCAGCUGCAAUCCCACCGCUCAACACCUGUCAACUUACCCAAUGCUCCUUCGCAGUACGGGCACAACACUCCUCCUCCCCAGUCCCAGGCUGGCCGGUCAAUGGCAUCGCUGGCGAGCCUCGGUCGUUCAUACACUCCUCCAUCGGGUCUACACCCCUCUAUGAGCGGAGGCACCAUGGGGAGCUAUGCUCCCCAGUCAUCCGUGCCUGGAUCGAUACCACCACUUCACCAACGACCCCCAGGGUCGCUUGGUGACACUGUCUCCACCCCGACACAUCACCGUGUCUACAGCCAUGGGUCGGCUCAAGGUGGGCUACCGCCGCCUUCGCAACCUCCUCGCUAG